UAUUCUUCCAAUAUUUCUAAAUAUUCUAACAAUAUUCCUGAAUAUUCUUUCAAUAUUCCUAAAUAUUCUACCAAUAUUCCUAAAUAUUCUUUCAAUAUUCCUAAAUAUUCUACCAAUAUUCCUAAAUAUUCUUCCAAUAUUCCUAAAUAUUCUACCAAUAUUCCUAAAUAUUCUUCCAAUAUUUCUAAAUAUUCUAACAAUAUUCCUAAAUAUUCUUCCAAUAUUCUUAAAUAUUCUUACAAUAUUCCUAAAUAUUCUUCCAAUAUUGCUAAAUAUUCUUACAAUAUUCUUCAAUAUUUGCAAAUGUUUUAA